AUGCCUUUAAACGGCGCAGACGCUGCCAUUGGUAAGGAUCCUGCUGAAAAUGGAAACCACGCCUCUCAUCAACCAAAUGGAAAGGUGUAUGAUGUUAAUUACGAAGAAGAGUCACACAAUGAUAUAAAUGCCGUAAGAUACCCCGAUGGUUCAGUGCGGCUACGAAACCCGAACAUCGAACUCAUGGAUCAAGAUAUAUUGUACCACCUCGCAUUGGGCAGUGGGUCACACGAUCUCGUGGAAAUGUUUGGCGAUGUUAAGUUUGUCUGCUUGGGCGGCACGCCUAAACGCAUGGAACAGUUUGCCUACAACAUAAUGGCAGAAAUCGGCUACAAGUUGCCAUGUGGGACCACUCUGCAGGAUAUAAGCCAUUUCUCCUAUCGGUAUUCGAUGUACAAAGUUGGGCCUGUGCUGUCUAUAAGUCAUGGAAUGGGCAUACCAUCAGUCGGAAUCCUCCUUCACGAAGUGAUAAAGCUAAUGUACCACGCCAAAGUGCAGGAUCCGGUGUUCUUCAGGAUAGGUACCUGUGGUGGAAUUGGCAAUGAGGGUGGGACUGUUGUUAUAUCUGAGGAAGUCGUUGAUGGAGCGCUGCGUAACGUUUUGGAACUGACAGUCCUCGGCAAGACACUGCAGAGACCAGCCAAAUUAGACAGGCGGUUGGCCCGAGAGCUGAAGGCCUUGGCCGACCCUGAAGACCCUUACGAUACAGUCACAGGGAAGACAAUGUGCACUUAUGAUUUCUACGAAGGUCAAGGCCGUUUAGACGGUGCCUUCUGCGAUUUCACGGAGGCAGAUAAAAUGGAAUAUCUCGAAAAGAUUCACAAGUCGGGCGUGAUGAAUAUCGAAAUGGAGUCGUUAGCUUUCGCUGCGCUUACGCAUCACGCUGGGAUUAAGGCGGCCGUUAUUUGCGUCACAAUCCUUGACAGAUUGAAGAGUGAUCAGGUCUUGGCACCAAGGGAAGUCUUAGAUGAAUGGCAACAGCGUCCAACAAAACUUGUCUCGAAGUACAUCAAAAGGUACCUGCAAAUGAAGGGUCGCCUCUCUUUGGAUGGACAUGGCUCGAUCGCAGUGAAGAGUCCUCGACGAUUUAAGUUGGUGCAGCAAGAAUCCGAAACGUACGAUUAA